CACGUUUCCAGGUCAUUUGCUUUUUGCCCGUGGACGCCGCACUCAGGACCUCCAGUUAUCCGCUACGGCUUUUGCAAUGAGCACCUUCUUUCCUGUGGUCUCAACUUUGGGCCCGGUCACCAUGCCAAAGCAGGCGCCUGCCGUUCCAGUAGCGCCUGCCGUCCUUGCCACCUCGGCCACCAAGUGGGAUGCUCGUCUCUCACACAACCCCGUUCACGACAACGCUUUCUACGGCAAGUGCAUGAUCGGUGGCAUCUUGUCGUGCGGCAUCACGCACACAGGCAUAACUCCGCUCGAUGUAGUUAAGUGCAAUAUGCAAGUGAACCCGACCAAGUACAAGAGUUUGCUGUCGGGUAUGAAAACAAUCGCUUCAGAGGAGGGUAUCGGCGCUCUGUACAAGGGCUGGGCUCCGACCGCCUUCGGUUACUCAAUGCAGGGUAUGUGCAAGUUCGGCUUCUACGAUGUAUUCAAGGACAUGUACUCGACGAUGGCCGGUGAGGAGAAUGCCUACAAGUACCGUGGUGCCAUCUACCUGGCUGGCUCUGCGUCGGCCGAGUUUUUCGCCGAUAUUCUGCUGUGUCCCAUGGAGAUGAUCAAGGUGAAGGUGCAGACAUCGCCUGCUGGCACCUUCCCCGUGAAGCUGUCUCCGGCCAUGGCUGCCAUGAAGGCUAACCCGGAGACUCGUUUCCCAUUCGGAUCACUGGUACCCCUGUGGUCGCGUCAGAUCCCGUACACGAUGGCUAAGUUCUUCUUCUUCGAAAAGGUGGUGGAAGCUUUCUACACCUAUGUGUUCACGGAGCCGAAGAGCUCGUACCCCAAGAGCACGCAGCUCGGCAUCACCUUCGCCUCGGGUUACCUGGCUGGUAUCAUUUGCGCCAUUGUUUCGCACCCGGCUGAUUCCGUUGUUUCUCUCAUGGGGAAGCCUACAAACAAGGGCAAGAGCUUCGGUCAGAUUGUACGCGAGACUGGCAUGGUCAACCUGGCCACCAAGGGUCUGGGUACACGUAUCAUCAUGAUCGGUACGCUGACGGGCGCUCAGUGGUGGAUCUACGAUACGUUCAAGACGGUCAUGGGCAUGGGCACGAGCGGUGGCGCUGCCCCUAAAAAGCACUGAUCAACAAAUUGAAGAGCUUGUCCAGUCUAAAAAUAGCUACUUCAGAAUUUAGUUACCGUUACUUCAGUAGCCGUUUUAAAUAAAGAGCUGUUUGAAACUGCUCGCUUCCUCAGCCUCA